ACAGAUAUUUCCAAUGGAUUUAAGUAAGUGAUUCAUGUAAUGAAAUGCUUAGGGAUUUGUUUAAUGUGAUUUUAUAUGAGCUGUGGACAUUUCCAAAGCAAACAAUAAGUUCAAGUACAACAUGCACGGUUGUGUUACAAGUGUUACUCAGCUGGCUGGGAGAUCCUCGGUGAGCAAACAGGCUAAAUCUGGAGAGUAAACAACUUCAGAAAAAUCUACAACUCCAGGUCACUGAAAACAGCCUUUUAUUUGUUUUCCUUAGUGUCUAGUAAAAUUUGAUCCUUCUCUCUCUCUCUCUCUUUUUCUUUUUUUUUUUUUUUUUUUUUUUUUUUUUUUGUGCAACACUGCUGUAAAAUCAGCAGGGACGAGCAUCACCAACCCGUGGCUUGCCCCGACCCAGACAUAGAGAGAGCCUGGGACAUAGCCUGGGACCUGGGUGCGUAGAUGGGUGAGAGAAAACGGGUGCAGGCGAAGGAAGGUGCUUGCUGCUGGCCGGAGUGCUGUGGGCAGGAUGUCCCCGCACAGCGCCAGUCACUUCUAUGGAGUUGUCACCCGGAAAACGGGCACUUGAGGCAGCCUCCGAGUGGAGAAGUCCCACGACGGCCUCGCAGUGGUCCUGCCCACGCGUGAGGGUGAUUUGAUCUCCCUCUUGUGAGGGGCUUCUGACCCCGGGUCGGAGGCGGACCAGCCGGUGAGCAUCGUCCCGGGGGGAUGAGGAGCGCACGCUGGUGGGGCCGAGCGGUCACAAGCGCACCUGGAGGGGAGCCAGAGCUGGCGAGAGAGUCGGGGGCUCUCUAGCCACGGGCAUCCUGCCACGGGCAGGUCGCCUUGCGCGAAAUCCGCGGGGUGGGUGCCCCUAGGCCGUAUGGUGCCACUAGCAGCUCCCCCACUCCCCCACGGCAGAGCAUUAUGCCGGGAGACUCCCGCUGUCUGCGGGCCGCGCUAGGGUCUUGGAAAUGCAGGAAGUGAGGUAACUAAAAUUCGAGGUACUAUGGGGUAAUAGGGUUUGCUGUAUUUAGCGCGGAGGUCCCGGACGUUUCCCCGGGGAAGGAGGACGGUCCGAGGGAAACAGCACGGUCAGACGUUAAUGAUUAUUGUCACCAGAUCAGAAAUCGACUUGGGAACCAGGAGCGCCCAGUGCCGUGUUCCCAAGCCAUCAGAGUAGCCAAGGGGGACCGGACAGCAAAUCCGAGCGGCGUGGCUGCAGUCCUCCCCCAGGGCGCUGCGGGUGGAGGUGCGGGGGCAUCGGGCUGGCCGAGCCCCCUCUCCGGCUGCAGGGGUGGGGGCAGCCGGAAACCUCCCAAUCGCGACGCUCCGACUCGGAGAUUGCUGUUGGUAUUCACUUUAAAAAGAGGUUUAAUGGGACUUUUUCCUUCUUUUUUUCCCCCCUCUUUUUUUUUUUUUCUUUUCUUUUCUUUUAUUUUUUUUUCAGCCGAAGCUUUGUUGUGCUAAACUAGUUGGACGAGUUAGGGUGUCGCUGCUCCCGAUUGCUCUGGCCAAUGGAACCCGAUCCACCCUGCUGUGCGUAAGAGCGCAAUUAAGGAUUUAACCAAGCCUAUGCUGCGCCCCAGCCAGCAGUCUGCCGGAGACAGACACCGCGCCGCAGCCUCCUCCCCCAGACAUGUCUGCUUAGACCCGAGCAGCCCCGCCGCCAGCCCCAGCCCGCCGCCGGCUCCGAGCUAUGACAGGAGUAUUUGACAGAAGGGUCCCCAACAUCAGAUCCGGCGACUUCCAAGCUCCUUUUCAGACGGCUGCAGCCAUGCACCACCCGUCCCAGGAAUCUCCCACUUUACCCGAGUCCUCCGCUACGGAUUCCGACUACUACAGCCCGGCGGGGGGAGCCCCGCACGGCUACUGCUCGCCUACCUCGGCUUCCUACGGCAAAGCGCUCAACCCUUACCAGUAUCAGUACCACGGCAUGAAUGGAUCUGCCGGGAACUAUCCUGCCAAAGCCUAUGCAGACUACAGCUACGCCAGCCCCUACCACCAGUACAGCGGGGCUUACAACCGCGUCCAGAGCUCCGCCAGCCAGCCAGAGAAGGAGGUGGCGGAACCCGAGGUGCGAAUGGUGAACGGCAAACCAAAGAAAGUGCGCAAACCCCGGACUAUUUAUUCCAGCUUUCAGCUGGCAGCGUUGCAGAGGAGGUUUCAGAAGACCCAGUACCUCGCCCUGCCCGAGCGGGCCGAGCUGGCAGCCUCCUUGGGACUCACACAAACACAGGUGAAAAUCUGGUUUCAGAAUAAAAGAUCCAAGAUCAAGAAGAUCAUGAAAAACGGGGAGAUGCCUCCGGAGCACAGCCCCAGCUCCAGCGACCCAAUGGCCUGCAACUCUCCACAGUCACCUGCGGUUUGGGAAUCUCAGGGCUCGUCCCGCUCCCUCAGCCACCAUGCCCACGCACACGCUCACCCUCCAAACUCCAACCCGUCCCCGGCAUCCAGCUACCUGGAGAGCUCCACUUCCUGGUACCCUGCUACCAACUCCAUCAACUCCCACCUCCAGCCCCACGGCUCCUUACAGCACCCGUUAGCUCUGGCCUCUGGGACGAUUUAUUAG